GUUGGGGUCUGUAGCUUGACAAAACAACAAAAGAUAGAUGUAUAGAAACAUAUAUGAAAUUUAUUAUGUGAAAGUAAUGAUAUACACAAUGUGUUACAAACUUCCGGGUGGUGUCUGCUUAGAGAGGAGUUAUUUAUAUACGAUAUUCUGUAAAAUCAUUUGUCCUAGAAACGGACUAAUAAGUAUAAAACAAUGUAAAAUAUAUAUAUUUGAGUUAUGGAAAGUGCACCAAUCUGGGAACGAAGGUGCACUAACAUGGGGACGAAGGUGCACUAACAUGGGAACGAAGGGACACCGAUAUCUGGGAGCUAAGAUGUUUGUUGCAAAGAUGAACAAUAACACGGAAGUAAAUAAUCUAACAAAACUAUUGGCGUUGAGGUAGGUACACAAAGUUCAACUAAGUAUUCAUUUUCUACAAUAGGAAGGAUUGCUCGAGAGCACUUUCUGGGCCAAAAUCAAAAUAUUCAAGUGAGAAGUAACUUGGCAAAUGUGUAGCCUGCUCCUUCACAGCACCUUGCCGUUUAUAUUGACAACGACAGCCAAUCAGCGAGGUUCUAACAAACGAAGCAGCGUGUGCAAAACGUCAAACGGAAGUAUUGAAAUACGGAGGGAAACAAAAGCUCACACGGCUGCAAAAUAAACUGCUGUCAAGAACAGUAGUAACAAACGACAGUAAAACAUCUGAGAAACACGGUAUUUGACCAAAGAAAGCAUGACUAAAACGGUCGCUGUGGUAGGAGCUGGUGCAAGCGGACUGCCUGCCGUGAAAUGCUGUGUAGACGAGGGUUUACAGCCCUUGUGUUUCGAAAGAACAGACCACAUAGGUGGCCUGUGGCACUUUACGGACGAACCAAUCGAGGGACAAUCUUGCGUCAUGAAGUCCACAUCUAUUAACUGCAGUAAGGAGAUGACCUGCUACAGCGAUUAUCCAAUUCCCAAGGAAUUCCCAAUCUUCAUGCACAAUAAAGACAUUCUCAAGUACUUUAACAUGUAUGCAGAUAACUUCAAUCUGAAGAAGUACAUAAGAUUCAGAACACAGGUCAUAUCAGUUAAAAGGAGGUCGGACUUCAAGACAUCGGGGCAGUGGAACAUCACAACGAAAGAUUUAACUACAGGCGACACGAAAGAGCUCGUGUUUGAUGCAGUCAUGUUGUGCACCGGACACCAUGCUGACAAAAAUAUUCCAGAUUUUCCAGGUUUAAAGGAAUUCCAAGGCACGGUUGUACACACUCAUGACUUCCGUCAUCCUGCGAGGUAUGAGGACAAACGAGUAGUAGUCAUAGGAAUUGGAAACUCGGGCGGAGACGUGUCCGUGGAAUUGAGUCGCAUAGCAAGCCAGGUAUUUUUAAGCACUCGAAGAGGUGCGUGGGUGUUUAAUCGAAUUGGAGACUUUGGCUGUCCCAUUGACAUGCUGAUACUCAGAAGAUCAUUGAGAUUUUUAACAUCUAUGAUGAGCAUAUUUCGAGAUGAGAACGAGAUUAUAGCAAAGAAAUUGAAUGAAAGGUUUGACCACGCCAAAUAUUCUCUGCAACCAAAGCACUCUCCAUUGGCACAACACCCGACUGCAAACGAUGAGCUUCCGAACAGAAUCAUAUCAGGAUCCGUCAAAGUCAAACCCAAUGUUAGGAAAUUCACAAAAACUGGCGUUGAAUUCGAAGACGGCACUUUCGAAGAUGGCAUAGAUGUGGUAAUUUUAGCCACGGGUUACAAAUUUGGUUUCCCUUUCCUGGAUAAAUCUGUUAUAGAGGUGGUAAACAACAGAAUUGAACUGUACAAAAACAUGUUUCCUCCUGAUUUGGAAAAGAACACACUAGCAUGCAUUGGGUUCAUCCAGGUUCUUGGAUCGAUAUUUACCGUUUCAGAACAACAGGCCAGGCUUUUCGCAAGAGUUGUCAAGGGAGAUGUUGUUCUUCCUGGUAAAGAAGAGAUGUGGAAAGACGUUGGGAAGAAACUGAACGCCUUGCGCAAACGAUUUGUUGAAAGCCCUAGGCAUACCAUUCAAGUUGAUUUCAUAGACUUCAUGGACGAAUUAUCAAAGCUGAAUGGAAACUAUCCCCACUUAGGGAAGUUGAUGUUGACUGACCCCAGACUUGCUGCAGCCAUCUUCUUUGGUCCAGCUACUCCUUACCAGUACAGAAUUAUGGGCCCUGGGAAAUGGGCAGGGGCCAGGGAAGCCAUAUUCACUCAAUGGGAGCGAAAUGAUUACCCUCUAGCCACCAGACCACUUGGAUUUGAUACAGAAACAAAUCAAAAUAGUAGAUUGUGGAAAAUGUGCUUUCUUCUGAUCCUGAUGGUAGCAUUGAUCAUUAGUUAUUUUAGGGAAUGAAUUGUAAGUAAAGGUAUAUUUGCCUUGUAAUGGAUAUUAUCUAAUCAAAAACACAUCAGCGUAAAUCUCUUACGAUGUUAAACUAUGUCUUAUACGUUAAUCACAUGAUUGUAUGGUAGAAACCGAAUUAAGAAUUUCUCAACAAAUAGUAUUUAUAUCGUAAUCUACCAACAGUUACAAAAUUACAAAGGUGUUUUCUUUCAAAAGUUUUUAAACUUUACGUAUAUUUCACAACGUGGCUAUAUUUGCAAGUAAGGAAUUGUAUUUUGCAGCGUAGCGUUUUUUUUUCGAUUUUAUAUCAUCGACGAAAUACAAUUAGUUCAGUCAAAAUAGCCUCAAAAUGCCAAACCGGGACAAAAUUGCAACAGAAUAUUUGUCAUUAUAUUCAAAACUACAUAUAUCGAAGAAUCUAAGAAUUUCUUACUUCGGGAAAUCUCAUAAAUUAUUGCACAAAGUUAUAGUAUUCUGGGGGGGGGGGGGUAAUAAUUCAAAUCAGAGAAGAUUGUGGUUAAAUUUUACAUGAUACAUGUUUCAUAUUUUAGUAUAACAUCCCACCUCUGGUGUGUCCAGGGGUCCGUGUUUGCCCAACUAUCUAUUUUGUAUUGCUUAUAGGAGUUAUGAGAUUGAUCACUGUUAUUUAUCUUCACCUUGCAUAAAUGUUUCAUCUCCGUUAUUUUCUCAGAUAUAUUUUACCGUAGAAUCUCUUAAUGUUGACCGAAAAUUAAGAAUUUUUAAAAAGGAAUUUCGAGAUUAAUCCGAAUUUCCUCUGUGAAUAUGUAUUGACGGACAAUUGUUUUAUUGGAUUGAUUGAUUGUAUCUUGCUUAACGUCUCGCUCGAGAAUUUUUUACUCAUAUGGAGACAAUUGAAAUUCACCUGUUAUCUUGUUCAAAACAAAUGAAUAUUUUAGAUAAUUAUUCACUAUCAUAUCAAUAUAUAGUAAUUACUAAUAAUAUAAAGCAACAACAUUCAUCCAGAUAUUGUUCUUUAUUCCACAAUAAUCCGAAUUUCCUCAUCAAUAUGGAAAUAUUCUAGAAACGUUCGUAGUAGACUUAUCUAAUCAUUAAAUUUUCUAUCGA